CGUCGCCCACCGUCCAGUGACGUAAUCAGAGGGCGGGACAUGCAAGUUUUUCGGCGCGAAACGAUCAUGGCGGCGGUUGCUAUGGACGUCGCCGGGUCUGAGAAGCGAGAAGAGACCGCUGGCACCUCGGGGAGCGGCCAUUACGAGCUACCCUGGGUCGAAAAAUACAGACCAAUGAAGCUCUCUGAAAUAGUGGGGAAUGAAGACACAGUUAGUAGACUGGAGGUCUUUGCAAGGGAAGGGAAUGUUCCAAAUAUUAUCAUUGCAGGUCCUCCAGGGACUGGUAAAACCACCAGUAUCUUGUGUCUGGCACGGGCAUUGCUGGGCCCUGCCUUAAAGGAUGCUGUUUUGGAACUGAAUGCAUCUAAUGACAGAGGCAUCGACGUCGUAAGGAACAAAAUCAAGAUGUUCGCUCAGCAGAAGGUUACACUUCCAAAGGGCCGGCACAAAAUCAUCAUCUUGGAUGAAGCGGACAGCAUGACAGAUGGAGCCCAGCAAGCACUGAGGCGGACAAUGGAAAUAUACUCCAAAACAACACGCUUUGCUCUUGCUUGCAAUGCCUCGGACAAGAUCAUUGAACCAAUCCAAUCCCGCUGCGCUGUGCUCCGUUACACCAAGCUGACAGAUGCCCAGGUCUUGGCAAGGCUGAUGAAAAUCGUGGAGAAGGAGAAUGUGCAGUAUACAGACGACGGGUUGGAAGCCAUUAUCUUCACGGCCCAGGGGGAUAUGAGGCAGGCGUUGAACAACCUGCAGUCCACCCAUUCUGGAUUUGGCUUCAUCAACAGUGACAACGUAUUCAAGGUAUGUGACGAACCCCACCCUUUGCUGGUGAAAGAAAUGAUCGGCCACUGUGUCAGUGCAAACAUCGAUGAAGCCUACAAGAUCCUUGCCCACUUAUGGAGACUCGGCUACUCACCUGAAGACAUAAUUGGCAACGUUUUCAGAGUGUGUAAAACCUUCCAAAUGGCAGAAUACCUGAAGCUGGAGUUUAUCAAGGAAAUCGGCUAUACUCACAUGAGGAUAGCGGAAGGGGUGAGCUCUCUGUUGCAGCUGGCGGGCCUGCUAGCCCGGCUCUGUCAGAAGACCGCAGCUCCUACAGCAAGCUGAAGGAGGAUCGAUCAGACCCGUGAGAGCUCCUUUUUUCCUGCAAGGAGAGAACCGUGCAAAGCAGAUACGCAGACUGCCUACUAAACACCUUGCAGGGGUUGGCCUCACCAUGCAUGGAGUAGUUCAGGCAAGCAUCCCCUCAUACUUUUCAAGCACGUAACUGUGAUCAUGAGGUCUAGCAACUUAAAAAUCAUACCUUGCUAUGCCUGUAUCCUAGGCCCCUUCUUAAAAGCUCUAAUGGUGGUGUUCUGCUCUGGGGAAAGAGGCAUCACAUUGAUCAUACCCCAGUAGUAUUUCUGCUGUACCCUUUUAUUCCAGUCCUUGCCUCAGCCUGACCAUGAGUCAGAUUGAGCAGAUGUGUCGUUUCAGCAGAUUCCUAAUUUUGUAACACUUUGGAUUAAAUAUACUUGUGAUACAAAA